AUAACAUUUUAUAAAUGUUCUAGUGCGCAGCAUUUCAAAAUUACCAAAUUGGGCGCAGGUAAAUAGCCAGCACGCGAUAAGAAGAAGAGACGCGAACUUAGCCGCAUUGACUGUUGCGGUUUUACCGAUAAAAUGUGCAAUAACUGUAAUAAGGUGCAAUUUGCGAUGGCAUAAAUGUCCACACGCCCUACGGAAUUGUCGGAUAAUGAGCUGCAAAACUGCGGCGCAGUGUUAAGGCUUCAUGGUUUAUCGUAGCAUGUUGCUGCUCAUAUUUAAUAAAUGCCGUUCGGAAAGCAACCGAUUUCGGCGCUCGUUUAGUCGUUUUUCUCCUCUAAAUAGCAACGCGCUCGAUAUAAAAAAGCCGCCGUACAAGGUGUUGUUUUUCGGCACAGACGAUUUUUCCCUGCACAGUCUGGGUGCGCUUUUAAAAGAACGGAUUCUCGAAUGUCGUAGGGAACGUAGCGACGAAAUAUUGACUUCCUUGGACGUCGUGACCAAUUCGGAACGCAGCCAAGUCGGAAAGUACUCGCUAGCGAGGAAAAUCAGAGUGUUUCUAUGGCCUCCCUCGUUCGAAGUAAACGAGUACGACGUGGGUCUAGUAGUUUCGUUCGGUCGCUUGAUACCGUCGUGCGUGAUCGACAAGUUUCCAUUAGGCAUGCUAAAUGUGCACGGAAGCUUGUUGCCCCGUUGGAGAGGGGCCUCGCCGGUUAUCCACUGCCUGGCCGAGGGAGAUACCGAGACAGGUAUAAGUAUAAUGGGGAUCGAACCCGAACACUUUGACACGGGCCCAAUUUUACUUCAGAAAAAGAUCGAUAUACCUCCCACCACGAUCAUGCCCGACUUGCGUUACCGACUGGGCAAACUGGGGGCCGAGUGUCUAAUCGAAACGUUACGGGAUUUGCCGGGCAAACUGGCAAACGCGAAACCUCAACCUACCGAGGGCGUUUGCUACGCGCCGAAAAUAACCGCCCGGUUCGCCAGAAUCGACUGGGAUUUGAUGACGGCCGCCCGGAUAUAUAACUUGGAAAGGGCGGUCAAAUUUUUGUACCCCUUGACGACUACCUGGAACUCUCUACCCGUGAGGCUGUUCGACGUCGAAGUCUUGGACUGGCGUACGACCAGUAACCGGCCGGGUUACAUCAGUUACCAUCGGAACAGGAGGUGCGUCGUGGUCGAAUGUGCCCAAAAGACUUGGAUCAGCGUGAAAUACGUCGCGGUGGCGCAGAAAAAACCGAUCAGGGCCACCGAUUUUCGCAACGCCUACGUCAAACGCACGCCGGACCCCGAGAUAGGCAAAAUGUUUAAAUAAAAUUUGUUAAUACUGGUUCUGUUUUGAUUAAAAGAAUCAUUCGUG